AUGACUAAAAAUCAUUUUGACGUCCUCGGACUCAAACCAGGUGUGAAUGAGGAUGAACUUAAAAAGGCCUACAGAAAAUUGGCCAAACAAUGGCACCCGGAUAAGAACAGUGCAGAAGGGGCAGAGGAAAAGUUCAAAGAAAUUUCUAACUCUUAUGAAUAUUUGUUAAGUGCAGACAGAAGA